AUGCGUAGGACAGACUCGCCAAUUACUUCAAACGGUUAUAGAAACAGCGUAUCACCCAGGAGUCGUCGAUACAGUCGGUCUCGAUCUCGUUCCAAAUCACACUCGCGUCGCUACAGGAGUCGCAGCGGAAGUCGUGACUUUUAUCGUCGCAGCCCUGGCUACGGAUAUAGAAGUUCCGGCCGAAAGAGGUUUCUUGGGCCGCGAGAAAAUCCUACCCCUUCCAGGUGUCUUGGUGUCUUCGGUUUAUCCCUUCAUACCCAAGAAAGAAACCUUUACGAUAUUUUUUCGCAGUAUGGAAAUAUUGAAGAUGUUCAAUUAGUCUUCGAUAACUACACAGGUCGCUCUCGUGGAUUUGGUUUUGUAUAUUUCACUCACGUCGCUGACGCAAAAGCUGCAAAGGCCGAUGCGCAUGGAAUGGAAAUUGAUGGACGACCUAUUAGGUGUGAUUUCAGCAUAACCGAACGACCACAUUCGCCUACUCCCGGCAUAUAUAUGGGGCGACCAUCUAGACGCCCUAUUCCUCGGAGACGAAGUAUUUCUCCACGUGGACGUUAUUCUCGUUCAAGGUCUCGUUCGCGUAGCUAUGAUCGGCGUUACUAA